AUGGCUGAUAACCUCCCUGUAGAGAUAGCUCAUGACAUAUUUUCUCGACUAUUAGCUGAAACCGUUUUAACAUGCAAACUUGUAUGCAAAACAUGGCAUAAUUACUUAUCACAUGACAGCGCUAGUUUUGCUAAGAUACACUUGCGGCAACUCAAUCGUCCCCAGCCCGAUCACAAGAAUGGUGCUGCAGGUUCUAAGGUACGUUUGGGUUUUAUUUCCUUGUCGAAGUCUGGUCACCCUCUUCGCUACGGAGAAUAUUAUAAGAACAAACGUGCAAUUCAGUUUAGAAAGAUUACUCAUCGUCUCAUUCGAAAGGGAAAGUGCAACACAGAUUUGCGUGUUGGCUCUUGCAAUGGUCUUAUUUGUUUAGCUGAAUCUAGGAGUAACUUAGCAGAUCCAGUUCACAUCUGUAAUCCCAUUAAUAGAGAAUGCUUGCAACUUCCAGUAUUUGACGAAAAUAAUGACUACGAAUCUGUUAAUCAAGUAUGUAGUGGUUUUGGUUACAGUACUCGAACUAAUGAGUAUAAGGUCGUUAGAAUCUUGUAUUAUGACGACAGCGAUCAUGGUACUAUUGGACAUAUACAAGUAUACACUCUUGGAAGUGGAAAUGGCUGGAGAAACAAAGGGGUGAUCACCGAAAUGUUGAAUUCAACAUAUGGUGUCUUUGCUUAUGGAGAUCUCUAUUGGCUAGAUUCAAACGAAAAAAAGAUGAUUGUCUUCACUUUGUCAGAUGAAGAGUUCAAGAUCCUCCCUUCACGCCCGUUUUAUGAUCCUAGUUGUGAUGAGUUUUUUUUUUCUCAGAUCAUGGGGAAAGCGAUUGUAUGGUGUUGA